AUGGGCAAAGGAAUAUGGAUAUACUUUCAACGAAUCGGCUCCGACUAUGCCAAUACUUUUAGAGAUACCCUUAAACAAAUACAAGACAAACCCAUUAGGUUUGCUGCCAUUGUCUCAGCAAUGUGCGCUACUUCUGCAGUCUACAUCUCAUGCCCUCACGAGUUCGAUUACCGAGGCGCCCUUCUCAGUGCUUCUAUCGAUCUCUGGGAGACCCCUGGCUGCCUUCAAAGCCGACGAAGCCUUGCCCACAUCGAGGAACGAGUCUCUGCCCUCUUCCAUGGCCAACUACGUCACUGCAGCCUUUUUGGGUUGGUUCACUUCAUCUGGCGCGACGACCGAACCGAUGGCUGUCGCCUCUACUCCGAGAUCUGCCCCUACGCCUACGCUAGCUCCGGUCCUACCGGUGACAGUCAAAGCGGACCGUUUCGUAGCUUUCUUCGCCUCUUUCUUUACGAUACUCCACCAGGCAAGAAUGUUGACGAGGUUGGGUUUGCGGAGCGGGCAAAACAUAUUUUUACCACACGAAUCGUUGAUGUUGGUGCUUUUGGACGCUUCUGGGUGCUCAAUUCCGCCAUGCUUGAUUACGACAUCAAUGAAGAGGAGUUCUUUGAGGGCGCUACAGGCGAUCCAAGCAAGAUUUCUGAGAGGCUUGAAGAUACUUCUGAGCAAGCUUCCCAUGCGAGUGCAUUACCAGUACCUACUCAAGAAGAGGCAAUGGAGAGUAACGAUUCCCAAGAGACUACUGCGGUUACAAGUGAACCAUGCAAAGUUGAAGGUGGAGAGGAUGAGUGGGAGGUUGUGAACGAGACGCUUGUGUACGCGGAUUGCGUUGGAGCCGUUGAAUCGGAACUAAUGGAACCCGGAAAACCAGUGCUUCUUGUGGAUCUCGACACAGAAAGUCCACUAAUACAAAUUGGUCCAGCGAUCUUUCAAGGCACUUAUGCGGAGUGCCUGGGAACGAAUCUAAUCUUCGAGAAACACCAUCCUGCCCCUGGGACUGCUCAGACCUCCAUGAGCGCUGCCACCCGACCCUCAAUCGAAAUCUUCGCCUCGCGCACCAAAACCUCUAUCCGACCCCACUUCACUUAUUUUGGCAAGACAUCUAAAAACCUCAAUCUCCAACGUGUCUUUUUGAAGCCUAAGGAAUGA